UCCUGUCUUUUCCUUGGCCUGGGUGACAGACUCGCGCGGCCGGGCUCAGGGAGUACCGGCUUGCCCCGCCCAGCCGCCCGCGCCCUGCUCGGUGCGUGCAGCGUCCCCGCCCCCAAUCCCCACCCCCAGUAGCCUUAGGGGGCACCCCCGUUGGGGCGGGAGGGUGGUCCGUCGUGCCCUGGUCGCCGAGUGGCGAGAGGUGACGGUAAGCUCCUUCCCAUUUCCGCCGGGCCGGCAGCGCUGCGGGGUAGUGCCAGCCGAGAGGCGCUCGGUCCUCCCUCCGCCCGCCCGCGACGGGGGCCGGCCCUGCCUCGCCAGCGCCUUUUUCCCCCGCACCGCGGCGCCGCUCCGCCACUCGGGCACCGCAGGGAGGGCAGGAGGCUGGAGCGCCUGCUGCCCGCCCGCCCGUAAGAUGGUCACCUCGGCUGGACAGCUCGCCCUGUUCGCGCUCGGUAUCGUGUUGGCUGUGUGCCAAGCCCUGGAGAACAGCACGUCCCCCCUGAGCGCAGAUCCGCCUGUGGCUGCAGCAGUCGUGUCGCAUUUUAAUGAAUGCCCAGAUUCCCACACUCAGUUCUGCUUUCAUGGAACCUGCAGGUUUUUGGUGCAGGAGGAUAAGCCAGCAUGUGUCUGCCAUUCCGGGUACGUGGGCGCGCGCUGUGAGCAUGCAGACCUCCUGGCCGUGGUGGCCGCCAGCCAGAAGAAGCAGGCCAUCACCGCCUUGGUAGUGGUCUCCAUCGUGGCCCUGGCUGUCCUCAUCAUUGCAUGUGUGCUGAUACACUGUUGCCAGGUCCGAAAACACUGUGAGUGGUGCCGCACCCUCGUCUGCCAGCAUGAAAAGCCCAGCGCCCUCCUGAAGGGAAGGACUGCUUGCUGCCACUCAGAAACAGUGGUCUGAAGAGCCUAGAGGAGGCAUUUGGCCAGGUGGACUGUGGCAGCCUGAUGGAGAGAGGCCUCCUUUAGGUCAGCAGCUCCAGGGAUCCCUGGGACUUGCCGGAGGACCUUUCCAACUUUGCCUGUGAUCACCUACGCAGCCUUUCAUCUUCUGUGGGCCUUCAAAACUCUAUUGAGAACUCUGUCUACUUGGAUUUGGUAUGCUCUAGAGAAGAAAUCAGUGGACCACAAUUAAAGACUGGUUAAGUGAUCACUGCAAAGGGGUGGCCUUCCUGUUUACCUCCAUCAGACGUGGACAUAGGUCACUGAUUCCAGGUGUGGUCUCCCGCCAGUCAUGGAUUCCAGGCUGUAUUUCUUCUCAAUGGGCUACCUCCCCUCAACAGAAUCCUGCCCAAUACUGGAGAUUCUAUAGUUGUUACUAUUUUCUCACAUCUGCUUAUUGGCAUUGAAGGUGGUGAAGGGGAAAUGGCUUAUUGUUACAUGAAGACGAAUUUAAGAGAAGUCACGUCCUCUGCCCACGAAGCCCUCAAUUAGCCCGACACCUGCCAUGGACACAUGAUGCUGAAGACCUUCCCAUACUGUUGCCACCCUUGGAGAUAAUUUCAUAUUUAUUAGAUGGUUACUUGUUUUAUUUUUAAUUUCUUAAGUCAAUGUAAAGAGCAUAAACCCCUUCAGAGGAACUCACAGAGGAAUUAAUGUAUGUGUUGCUGACUGAUAAGUUAGACUUACUAGAAAUGUCUUGGGGAAAGCCUCUCAGGGGCUAUGGAGAUGGAACCAGAGAAUGGGGUUCUGACAGGAGCAAAAAUUGGGGCUCAGAGGUCAUGAUAUCUAAAGACACAAGACAGGUAAAUGCCCCCAGAUACAUUCUGGUAGAAAAGUUAGCAAACCUAGCAGCAAGGACCUGUGCCCUCUGUUGUGGAGAGAGGACAAGAGGGGCUGUGUGUGUACACAGAGUAAACACAAUACAUACUGUUUGGUGAUAAUGGAUCAACUUCCUCAUGAGCCCAGCUUGGGCAUUAGCACGCCAUGGGCAUUUCAGGCUGAAUCUGUGAAAGGGGACCAGUCCUUUAUUUUCCAUGUUGUGCUUGGUUGGUUUGUUGCUUUAUGUUUAAAAGAAGAAAUUUAACUUUCCUAUUUAUUUUCAAGCAUUCAGAGAAGUAUCCCACGGGUUUUUCCUUCCCCUUCCAUUCAGGAUGCCAGUUUUAUUAACCAAAAUACUAACAAGUCUCUCAUUUUCCACUCAAGAGGAGGCAAAAUUAUUCUCCCGAGACUUGAUGACAUUCUGACCCACUGGUCCUGCCUGUGGGAUGCAGUGGGUCUCUUCAAACUGACAAAAUUGGAAACAGAAUAACCAUGAAAUAAUAAACUCCGAUGCAAGGAAACUCCUAAUAUUUGAAAAGUAAAAGACUCCCACCUAUUAACUCUUCAGUGCACCAUCUUGUCACAUCAUCAAGGGACUUUUAACAUGUCAAGUUGGCUUGAGGUUUCUAUUAGAAAACUUUGUCCUCCCCCAAUUCUUCUUCCUUAGUCUGAUUUUUUUUUUUUUUUUAAUAAGUAAGGCAAAGACCUGACCUAUGUCUUAACUUUGGUUAUUUAAUGGUCACCCAUGAGCCCUGAAUGCUGAAAUUGGGUCUGUUCAGAGCUUGCCCCAACAGUGUCAUUGACACAACUCCACUUUUUUUCACUGUUAAAGAUAAUAGGUUCAAAUUGCUUUCAUUGGGUCAGUCCCUACAGCAGCAGACACGUGGGCCAAGGCCCGACUGUAGCCUCCUGCUCAGAGACCAAUCAACUGACACUGGUUUCUUAUUUAGGUACCAAUUGGCACUCAACUUUCUCAUCAGACCCUCCUGAAAUUCUGAGAUCCUGGCUUAGAGAGGCUAAUAAAAGUAAAGAGUCUCACUUUUACUUUAAGACAAUCUUUUCUGGCCUAAUAGAGACUCUUGGAGGUCUGACUGCUCUUAAAGAGUAUGAAUUUACAUGAAAAUGUUUUCUUGGGCUUUUUUCACCUAAUGGAUGGAAGGACCAAUAUCCAGCCUAAAGACAUGAUCAGUGAUUGGCAUCCAAGAGACUUUGCAGAGGUAUGAGACAAUGAGGGUGGACAGCUGGCGGAGGCAGAGGUUCCCCACAAACACCUUGGAUUGAUCUGUGAACGUUCCAGUUCUCAGGUCCCGCCAGUCACAGCCACCAGCACCCCUUCCUUGUGCCUGUCCACUCAUGCAGUGAUGGGGUUCAAAUGCAUGUGCCCCUCAGAAGUGCCUUCUGUGUCAGUCCUUCAUAAACCAGCAGGUCUGAAAAGGGUGAGAAGCUGCAGUUGGGUUGAGGCAGGCCUGGUGGACCAUUGUCCACUCCCCAGGAUAUGCAUGGCCUUGCUUCUUUGCCAAGUUCUCUUUUAGAAGUCAAACAAUGACAAAUAUUGGAUUCCUGUGCCAUUUCAGGGCAAUGGUAGUCCCUUGAUUAGCUAUAAAAAGGCUCUCCUCUUAGCGUAAAAAUGUGUCUCACAUGCCAUCUCUGCAGAAUUCCUGUUUCCUUGCCCUUCGGAAGGCCAAAUGUUCAGAUAGGUAAUCAUCCCAGAGACCUGACCUGUUAAGCAGUCACACACCUAACAGUGGGGAACAUAGCUGUUUCCAGUGACUCAGGAGACCAUGAAAAGCCCCCAUUAAAUGUUUUUUAAAGACCUGCAAACCUUUUACAAAACCUGGACUUUCCCUUUGUGUUACAGACUGUGACAUUAAAUAUACUGGCAGGAAACAUUUUCUACUUGGAAAGAUACACAGCAGCCAGUUCAUAUCUGGAAGACAGGGCUCCAGCUAGACACAUGUGGAACUAAGCAAGAGAUGUUGGCCAUGUGUCCCUACAGAAGAGGUGGGCACAAUGACCCUAAGGUGCUUUUUUCCUGAGCAAGGAGAAAGGAGGGAUUGACACUCAUCUACCUACGUUGGUGAGGGAGGAGAAUUUGUGGUUCUGGAGCUUCUUGGGAGGGCAGGAUGUUCUUAGCAAGUAUAGAAAACUGUCUGGUGUCUCCCAGCCAGAUUUUCCAGGGCUUGUGAACCACUGGUUGCUUUUUCCAGGUAAAUUGGCAGGGCUAAUGAUGCUCCAACACUGCUCAGGAGGCCCAACCUCUUAAUAGGUUCUGGGAUUUUCUCUCCCCCCACAUGCCAAGGAGGGAGAAUGAUCAACAAGCUCAGAACCAAGGGGAACAUCACAGAAACAAAUACACACACACGUUUGUUUUAAAUGUUCUAAUUUAAGAUCUGUUCUCUCUAGCCAUUGAUCUUACCAGGCUUACUGAAAAGACUUAGUAUUGUGUAUGUAUACACACACACACACACACACACACACACACACACACAGAGUACUGAAAAGCAACCCCUCUUCCCAGUGUAAUAAUUUACUGAAAUGUUCAACUUUUCAUUACAACAAAACUGAUGCUUUUUUUUUUUUAGAACUUAUUACUCUGACUUCUGUAUAUGUUGCACUGAAAAGGUUAAUAUUUAAUGUUUUAAUUUAUUUUGUGUGGUAAGUUAAUUUUGAUUCCUGUAAUGUGUUAAUGUGAUUAGCAGCUCUUUUCCUUAAUAUCUGAAUUACAAAGAGUAGUGAGCAAUAGAAGAUACAGUUGUGUUUUUCAGGAAUAUGCAUUGUUGUUCAGUUGUACUGUACCUUGUUUGGAAGGAUGAAGGAAUGAACACUUUUUUUUCCUAAAUCAAGACUGGAGUUUUUCUUUAACACGAUUAGAAUAUUAAGGAGGAAAAAAAAAAAGUAAAUAUGUUUUUUAAAAUGUAGGAAUUCUGAAAUUCACCAUAGUUGACCCUUGUCUUCCUAAAGAAAAUUUUCUGAAGUUCUUCCUAAUAUAGAAGUAAUUUAAUCUAAAGUGUAUCCAACGGUGCUAAUUGAUGUGUAGGAAAAUAGAUGACA